GGCGCGCGCGCGCGCGCGGCGGGGGCGGGCUCUAGUGAGCGCCCAGCUGUAGCCGCGAAGCCGGACGUGUCCGCGAAGAUGGCGGGCCGGACUAUGCAAGCUGCAAGAUGUCCCACAGAUGAAUUAUCUUUAACCAAUUGUGCAGUUGUGAAUGAAAAGGAUUUCCAGCCUGGCCAGCAUGUGAUUGUGAGGACCUCUCCCAACCACAGGUACACAUUUACAUUGAGGACCCAUCCAUCGGUGGUUCCAGGGAGCAUUGCAUUCAGCUUACCUCAGCGAAAAUGGGCUGGACUUUCUAUUGGGCAAGAAAUAGAAGUAUCCUUGUAUACAUUUGACAAGGCCAAACAAUGCAUUGGCACAAUGACCAUCGAGAUUGAUUUCCUGCAGAAAAAAAGCAUUGACUCCAACCCUUACGAUACUGACAAGAUGGCAGCAGAAUUCAUUCAGCAGUUCAACAACCAGGCAUUCUCAGUGGGACAGCAGCUUGUGUUUAGCUUCAAUGAAAAACUUUUUGGCUUGCUGGUAAAGGACAUCGAAGCCAUGGAUCCUAGCAUCCUGAAGGGAGAGCCCGCGACAGGUAAAAGACAGAAGAUUGAAGUAGGACUGGUUGUUGGGAACAGUCAGGUUGCAUUUGAAAAAGCAGAAAAUUCAUCACUCAAUCUUAUUGGCAAAGCUAAAACCAAGGAAAAUCGCCAGUCUAUCAUCAAUCCUGACUGGAACUUUGAAAAAAUGGGAAUAGGAGGUCUGGACAAAGAAUUUUCAGAUAUUUUUCGACGAGCAUUUGCUUCUCGAGUAUUUCCUCCAGAGAUUGUGGAGCAGAUGGGUUGCAAACAUGUUAAAGGCAUCCUGUUGUAUGGGCCUCCAGGUUGUGGUAAGACUCUCUUGGCUCGACAGAUUGGCAAGAUGUUGAAUGCAAGGGAGCCCAAAGUGGUCAAUGGGCCAGAAAUCCUUAACAAAUAUGUGGGAGAAUCAGAGGCUAACAUUCGUAAACUCUUUGCUGAUGCUGAAGAGGAGCAAAGGAGGCUUGGUGCUAACAGUGGUUUGCACAUAAUCAUCUUUGAUGAAAUUGAUGCUAUCUGCAAGCAGAGAGGGAGCAUGGCUGGUAGCACAGGAGUUCAUGACACUGUCGUCAACCAGUUGCUGUCCAAAAUUGAUGGGGUAGAGCAACUGAACAACAUCUUGGUCAUUGGAAUGACCAAUAGACCAGAUCUGAUAGAUGAGGCUCUCCUUCGACCUGGAAGACUGGAAGUUAAAAUGGAGAUAGGCUUACCAGAUGAGAAAGGUCGAUUACAGAUCCUUCAUAUCCACACAGCACGGAUGAGAGGGCAUCAGUUACUCUCUGCUGACGUAGACAUUAAAGAACUGGCUGUAGAGACCAAGAAUUUCAGUGGUGCUGAACUGGAAGGUCUGGUGCGGGCGGCACAGUCCACUGCUAUGAACCGACACAUUAAGGCCAGUACUAAGGUGGAAGUGGACAUGGAGAAAGCAGAGAGCCUGCAGGUGACAAGAGGAGACUUCCUUGCUUCUUUGGAGAAUGAUAUCAAACCAGCAUUUGGCACAAACCAAGAGGAUUAUGCAAGUUACAUUAUGAAUGGUAUUAUCAAAUGGGGUGAUCCAGUUACUCGAGUUCUGGAAGAUGGGGAGCUGCUGGUUCAACAGACUAAAAAUAGUGACCGUACACCACUGGUUAGCGUCCUUUUGGAAGGCCCUCCUCAUAGUGGGAAGACUGCUCUAGCAGCAAAGAUUGCAGAGGAAUCCAACUUCCCCUUCAUCAAGAUCUGUUCUCCUGAUAAGAUGAUUGGCUUUUCUGAGACAGCCAAGUGUCAGGCCAUGAAGAAGAUCUUUGAUGAUGCGUACAAAUCCCAGCUUAGUUGUGUGGUUGUGGAUGACAUUGAGAGACUGCUUGAUUAUGUACCUAUUGGCCCUCGAUUUUCUAAUCUGGUAUUACAAGCUCUUCUCGUGUUACUCAAAAAGGCACCUCCUCAGGGCCGAAAGCUUCUUAUCAUUGGGACAACUAGCCGCAAAGAUGUCCUUCAGGAGAUGGAGAUGCUGAACGCCUUCAGCACCACCAUCCAUGUGCCCAACAUUGCCACAGGAGAGCAGCUGUUGGAGGCUCUGGAGCUUUUGGGCAACUUCAAAGAUAAGGAACGUACCACAAUUUCACAGCAAGUCAAAGGAAAGAAGGUCUGGAUAGGAAUUAAGAAGUUACUAAUGCUAAUUGAGAUGUCGCUACAGAUGGAUCCUGAAUACCGUGUAAGAAAAUUCUUGGCCCUCUUAAGAGAAGAAGGAGCUAGCCCCCUGGACUUUGAAAAUGGACUCUUUGCACACACACAGUGACCAAGGGAAGUGACCAAGGUGAAGAUGGCCUGGGAUCUUCACUCAGCUUACUCAAGAUCCUGGACAAAGUGAAAUGUUCCUUACCUUCAACAUGUGCUCACUCUGCAUGAUUAGUGCAAUAAAACUCCCUUCCUUGUGCUUACUCA